AUGGCGAACGGCGUGACAGCCAACAACAUGCGAGUGACGGCGAAGCCGCCAGACCUCGGCUCCUUCCCGCUCGAUCACUACCGUGAGUGCAAGAACGAGAUUGAGAGGUACUACAUGUGCUUGAAGGAGAACGACUACAUGACGCCCAUGUGCCGAGAUCCGGUUCGCGAGUAUCUCAAGUGCCGCAUGGACCGUGGACUCAUGAAGAAGACCGAUGUGAAGAGCUUUGGCAUUCCAGAGACGGAGUUUGUACCGACGAAGCAGCACCGCAUCGACUUGAAGGAGCAGUGGCUGCGACAGAAAAUGAACCAGGUAGGCGUGGUGGGGGUUGAGAACUACAUACGCGAUGACCUCCAUACGCCAGACGGGUACGAGAAGGAGAAGGAGACUUGA